AUGUUCUUCAAGGAUGAGCAAGGUUGGCAGAACCAAAUACGGCAGACGCUAAGCACAAACUCAUGUUUCCUUAAGAUACCACGUGCUUUGGAUGAUCCUGGACGUGGUAACUAUUGGGGCAUGAGUCCAGAUUUAGCAGCAGUUGCUUCUGUUAGUGUAGGUAACGGAGCUUCACUUGGUGCCUUAGUCAACGGUGUAGCACACCCCACAGCCCCAAACGCGGUAUAUUUCCCCACACCACAAGAAAUAGGGGAAACUCAGCGAGCAAUGCUGAUGCAGGCGAUGCAGGAACAGCAUGCAUGGUUUUCGUACCACCAACAACAGGCGCAUAUAUUACAGCAACAAUGGGUACAACUGCAGCAGCAACAACUUCAGCACCAAUAUGCAGAAAUAUACCAAAGACUUGUCUUCCACCAACAGCAGAUGGCGUCUUUUACUGGACAGCAAGUUCUUUCCUAA